GGAGACAACUCCAUGAGUCAUUGACGUAACCAUUUACAUGUUGCAGACAGCUUCGUUUAGAAAACCAAAUCAUUGUCAGAUUCAUCACAGAAUGAGUUGAGUGGAACCCACUACCACAAUGAGUGCAGGCCCUCUGGUGGUGGAGAUUAUCUGCACAUGUCUGCUUGCAGCAUUUGUGCUUCAUCGCUAUGGUGACCUGAGAAAACAGCAUGUGUUGGUCACCUUGGCAACAUUCAUUGCCUGGUACUUUUCAUUCAUGAUAAUAUUUAUCAUACCACUGGAUGUAUCAUCAACGUUUUACCGACAAUGUGUCCAUCAAAACACACCAGCUGUGUUAACAACAACAACAACAACAACAGAAACAAACAAUGUGUCAACAACAUCAGUGGCAGUGACAACAGCAACAGCAGCGACAACUGCCUCCGGGAAUGGCACAAAUAUGUCUCUGUCAGAUGGGUCAUCGACAUCCACACCUCCGCUGGUACACUGUCGGGCGCCACUCAGCCAUGUUCCCGACCACGUUCUCCCAGCUCUGUGGCGGGUGGUUUACUGGACAUCUCAGGUUCUCACAUGGCUCAUCCUACCCAUGAUGCAGUCCUACUCCAACGCUGGAGACUUCACAGUCUUGGGGAAGAUCAAGUCGGCUCUCAUCGCCAACGCCAUCUACUACGGCACCUACCUCCUCAUCUUCGGAGUCUGUCUUAUCUACGUGGCCAUCAGGCCGGACAUUGACAUUGAUGCUGAGAAGUUGAAGGUGAUCGGCGCCACGGCCAGCAACACGUGGGGUUUGUUUGUCCUGGUGCUCAUGCUGGGUUACGGACUGGUGGAGGUUCCACGCAAUUUCUGGAACAGCUCAAAGAGAGGCUACCAACUCUCCCGAACUUACUUUAAGAUUGCCAAACUCAGCACUGACAAGUCAGAGGCCGAAGAAUCUCUUGAAGAUAUUCUAGAGGAGAUCAAAAGAUAUGCUGACAGAAUUAGGUACAACCAUCCGAUGAGCAAAAACAUGGAGACUAUUCUCUCUAAGUGUCCAGAUCAUAUACAGAAAUCAAUGCAGCCGAACAUGGAUGAUUAUGAGGAUUUUGAUAAAACUGUGGACUCGAUCACAGAGAAGUCCCUGGUUCGCCUUCAUCAGAAAGUGAUUCGCUGUUCCCAAAUCAACAAACGUACCCAGAUCCAAUGGAACAACCUGAUUGAAAAGGUGUUGGAUCUGGAGGACUGUCAGACGAAUGAGAGCAGCACUGACAAACGCUUCCAUCGGGUGUAUGGCCAGUAUAAGGGUCUUCUGAGGGGUCUGUACACCCCCACUGUAGAGUGGUACUGGAAGUGCCGAGUCCGUCCGUGGGUGAUGAUGAUAACGGCCAUUGCCCUGAUGGUCUUUUCCUUUAUGGUUGUGUGGUCAGAGUGCCUCUUCUUCGUCAAGGACCCUGUCCUGUCCCUGUUUGCUGUCUUCAUCAACCUGGCCAAGCAGAACUAUGACUACGUCUACAUAGAGAUUGCUUCAAUCUUGACGAUUGCAUACCUGUGUUGCUGUGCCUACUACAGUGUGUUCCAGAUCCGGAUCUUCAACUACUAUUACAUAGCACCUCAUCACCAGACUGAUGAAUACAGCCUCAUCUUCACUGGAAUGAUGUUGUGCCGACUGACGCCUCCCAUGUGUCUCAACUUCCUCGGCUUGAUCCACCUGGACAGUCAUGUGACCUCCGGAAACAUGGAGGAGACAUCCUAUACACAUAUCAUGGGCCACAUGGAUGUGAUAUCGUUCAUCUCAGACGGGUUCAACAUCUACUUCCCCAUCCUCAUCGUGCUGCUGUGCAUCUGCACCUACUUCUCCCUCGGCAGUCGCAUCCUCAGCCUCCUUGGCUUCCAGCAGUUCAUAGGCGACGACGAUAUGACGCAGGAACUCAUUGACGAGGGCAGGGAGAUGGUGAAGAGAGAGAAGCGGAAAAGAGAACGGCAGGUGAAUGUGGACCACAAACGUAAACACUGGCAUGAGACUGGUAGGCUGGACAGUGGGGCGAGUCCAGUCACACCUCCAAGGCGGAUCCCCCCCAGCUCCGACAAGAGGGCUGCAUACACUGUGCCAAGAAGCCCCGAUGACAACGACCGCACGGAGCUCCUCCGUCAAGCCGAACCUAUUGACUACACCGACGACCGGUCAGACCCUCUGGCAGAGUAUACCCGCAGUCCUGCCACCGAGCCUCUCGGCUACCAAUCCCGACCGACGCCCUCCCGAUUCUCCUCCAGUAGACCUACAUCACGCCCACUAAAGGGAAUAUUUGAUGAUGUUUAACAUUCCCGUUAUAUACUCCCAGAUUUACUUCCCUAACUCUUACCUUCAUGCUAAGUAGACCACAUCACAAAGGAUGAUGCAUAGUCGAUCUUUCAGCAUUUCUCAUAUUUAUCAUGGUCAUCAAUUUACAUAUUAAUCUUCCAUCCAGUAGAUGUUUAUAGACGUGAGAUAGUGAAAUCCGGCCUUUUUGUAAAACCUUCUGCAUAUCACAUGCAUGAUUGCUUUCUUAAAUAUUUUAACUUUGAACAUUGUAGGCGGGUAAAAGCUGUUGUUUUCAUUAUCUAUUUUGACUUACUCUGUGUAGCAGUCUUUUUGUCAGAGAUCCUGAAGCAGUGCGAUUGAAAGAGUCCUGUUUGUUCUGUGGUGUUUGUAGUGAAAGGAGUUUGGUGAUGUACACUUGCUUGUAUUGUAGUUGUGAUAUGUUAGUACAUGUGAGUCUAAUAUGAUAUCUCUAUUCUUUGUUUAAACUUUCAGAGAGUUGUACGGUAUGUGUAGUGUUGAAAUAUAAAGGGGUCCCAGUGUCCUUGAAGUUUGCUGCUAUGGUAUUUGAAACUAAGGACUCCCUAAGUCUUAAGUUUUUGAAAUAAGGUUUAAUGACAAGGACCCCUUGUCUUUCAUGCUUAGUUUUGAACACUGUAUGUGUGUUCAGUACUUUGUCCUUACUGUAGGUGCCAUGUUGUUAGGUGUGCAACAGUUCAGGGAAGUUAUCAUCAUCACAUUGCUAUAACAAAUAAUGUAAAUAAGAUCUGGUUAAGUUUCAGAAUGUGUGUGCCAUAAUGAAAAAGUGGAGUACCCUGGGGUGAACAUUCUUACUUUUCAUUCUUAAGCUAUGGUUAUAACAAACUCAAAGGGACCACUAAGUUUAGAUUAUUAGGGCUGGGAUGAGUCCAAAUUUACUACCCGGGUACCCACACCCCUAUUACCCGACCCUACCUGGGUACCUGGGUACCCACUGUAGGUCUCAAGAGAUAGGUCCAAAUGUCUGACUGGGAAUAGUUUGACCGUAGCCAUGGCAAAAUGUAUUUAGAUACACGAAUAAAAAACGAUCUGGUCAUGCAUAAACUGAAAUUGACUGAAGUUUUGUCUUUAAUCAAACCUUUAAAGUCAGAAGGAAUGCAAACAUUAGUUAUAGUGUAGCCAUAAAGUUCUAGAUAAUUUUUGUAAUUAAACAAUAUAUCACGUGAUUAACCACGGGACCGGGUAUAUUCCUGUGGGUACCCGGGUCCUACUCAGUACCCACCCGAACCUAGUACCCGAGUUACCCGUCGCAGCCCUAGUUGUUAUAUCUGUAGUUUGUUAUAAGCAUUUUGACUGUCAGACAUCUUGGAUCAAGUCAUGUGACCAUAUCAUGUUACUCGAUAAAUAACAAAAAAUGUGCACUGUAUAUGUAAUAGGUUUAUUCAUCUCAAAUUGAUUAAAAUACAUUACAUAAGUAAAUAUAUGCUUUGGCCUAAUGUAAAUAUUGUAAAUGAAUUUAUUUUAUUAUCUAUAAGUUAUUCUUUGGUAUGGACUGUUUGGGAAAAUAAGCAUUUUUCAUUCUGAAGUCCAGGAAAGAAGAAGCUUUUUUGUAUGUGAUGAAACAAAGUACAUUGAACUCUCAGAAAGGUUCCCCAAAACUGUGAGUCCUGACACUGACUUGUGUUGGUCCAGAUAUUAAAGACGGUCUACUUAUUGACCUGCAUGAUGGCUGUCAAGCCUUACUAUAGUCCUGGUGAUUGUAUAACCUACUGGGCUGUGUAGGGUCUAGGUUUUAUUACUCUGGCAUGGCUGACUGUUUGAUACAUGUUGAAGGAAUAAUGAGGAUAAGUUGAGGAACAUGUUAGUAUUGAAAGUAAACACUAAUUAAUGAAGUAUCUUGGGUUUCAUCAAAACCAGACCGAUUUGCUUUUGGUGUUACUGGAGAGCCUGGCAGAAGUGUUUCAAAAAGAAGUAAAAAUGUUUGCUUGGAAACAUGGCAGUUUUGAACAUCUUUUUGUUUGUUUGUGUUUUGUUACAUUUUCAAGAAAUAUUGUGGGGAACCUAAAAUCACUAUCAACUUUUAUUUGAAAUAGCAUUUUGGCGUUUUGACAUAGAAAACAACGAAUGGUCUUGCUCAUAUUUUUAGAAAGUAUGCAAAGUCUUAUCUUAGCAACAUGACACCUAGGUUCAGUGUUACUUGAUGUACCUACUUAAUGGAUGUGUAGGAUGUUUUUUGUAAUAUUUAUUUACCCUAUGUUUUAUAAAUGUUGUUUGUUUCAUGCACUAAAUCAAAGUGGUUGCAGGGUAUUAUAAGGAGGGGAUUAAUCUGCUAGUCAUAUGAUUAUAAUGGCUGGUAGAACAGAUCUUUUGAAUCUGGAAAUGCUACCUUCAUCAUCGUCUUGUAGUGUUUUGUAUAAGGUCUCAGCUUGUGCACGGAGCAGUAAAAUUCAAUAUUAAAUGCAAAAAGUAACACUAGGCGAUAAACAUUGUAGUUUCAGAUUAACAGUUAUAUUAGAUACCAGGAAAUUGGAUGUAUGUUGAAUACAACAAUCAUUUCACGAAGGCACUUACACACACAAGUAUAUACCUGGGAUCAUGGUGUUUUUGACUGGCUCAUCAUUAUUGCUUUUUUUUAAAUCAUUGUUUCUUUUUUAUGCUAAUGUAUCUAUUGUUAUUAUGUUAUGGUAUUGUUUACCAGGUGUGCAAUGCUUUAUUCAAGAAUGAAAGAUCAUGGUCAAAUGUUGGUAUUUAUUUAGAUUUAAAUGCAAAAUAUUUUUUCUUUUCCUUCCUAACUAUACGUUUUUUUUGUUAGACCAUUUGACUGGUUUAUAUACGAGUAAAUGAGCACUAUGCUGAUUGUAGAGCAACUGUACUGGAACUAACUACUUUGUAGCUUGACUGUACUGUAGGCCAAAGAAGAUGGCCACAGAGAGACAUACCAAUAAACCUUGGUCUUGACUUUGUGCAAGGUGUACUUCUACAAUGAGUAAAUAUGUAAGGUUGUUAAAAUAUAAAAAAUACUUCCUGGGGAACAACUCACUAGACACUCCUCUCUCAAAAAUAACGUCCAAUAUACAACGUCAUCAAGUUGCGAGAGCUAGUUCGAAUCUCCAGAAAUGACGUCAUGAUAGAACAAUGUUUUAUCGUGAAAUAAACCAUGCUUCGUUCUUCAUUGUCUUUUGCGAUUUAUUGCGAAGCUAUCUUACAUUAUUAGUACAAUAUGCUAAAAUUACUUGCCAAAGGGAAGAAGCAAGUCUGUUACCAUGAGGUUAAACAUGACAUUAAUAUGAAAUAUACUACAACCUUUGAUAGUGACAGUAAGAAAACUUAUGGAAACAUGUAGUGAUGUUGUUUCUCAGUUCCAUGGCAGUAUAAAAUACUAUUCAUACAAUCACAUCAAGUCUCACUCAGUCCCUGCCUGAAGACCCCCACUUACCAGCAGAUAAUAGUUCUGUGAAACCCUUUAAGUAACUUCGCUGACUGAUGUCCUGUGUAUAUGUAUGUGUAUAACAGAGUUGUCUGGACAAACAGGGUUAGCUUUACAAGCAAGCCUGGACAGGGUUCUUGUCUUCAAAUGCUCAAUGUAUAUUUCCUCUGUUUGAUGAUGAGGGUCCUUACUAUAUAAACAGUGGAGAGGCUAGUAGCAUUUUACAAGAACCUUGUCUAGGGUAAGUCUGCGUAUAGAAAACGGAAGUGGUCUGAAUUUUAUUACCCAUUUAGUUGUAUGUGUGUCUUGUAACAAAUGUCUACUUAUCUCUUCAGUGCAGUUUCUUCAUAUUUCUUUAUUCUGUGAUUUGAUAUCUAGUCAUUCUUGUUAUAUAUUUGUUUAUUUGACAUACCCUACUUGCCCUUGAACAUUGUACAUAGUUGUCUUAUCUGUAUCAUAUGUUAUAUAUUAUGUUAUAUAUGAUGUUGUUAUAUCUGUGGAUGCUGGUUUCACUAUGUUAAAUUAUAUACAUGUAUGAAGCUAAAACAGAAACUAAUUUUUGAAAACUUAUCCUUUCUCACACUAUGCAUUUAACCCAUGGUUGGACUGUGGGGCGCAGAACCCUAGCCUGAAAGACUACAACCGUUAGACAACACGAUGGAACUGGUUCUAAACAGUGAAAUAAAAAAAUAAUUUAGAACACAGUCUAGUUCUUAAGUCUUUCAGGCCAGGGUAACUGCGCCCACCUUCCAACUAGUGGAUAAAUGCAUAGUGUGAGAUAGGAUAAGUUUAAUCAUUUGGAAAUUUUCUUAUAAAUUGUAUAUUUAUAUACUUAUCCUAUCUCACACACUAUAUGCCCACCCUACUAUCCCUGCAUCGCAAUUCCUGUUAGGUCUGACGAAAGAGGAUAAUGUGGCAGAGAUAGACAUGUGAUCAGGUCGUGUAAGGUGCACGGGAUCACGUACAUGGCCCAGCUGUUGGACGGGAACCAUGGUGAUGCUGGGAUGUGUUUGGGUGAAUUGGUAUUUAGAAGCUGGAAACUUUGUUCAAGCUUGUAAAUGAUCGAAGAAGAAAGAAGAAAUGCAUAGUGUGAGAUGGGAUAAGCAUAUAAAUGUACAAUUUAUAAGAAAAAUUCCAUUUUUGUUGGGAGGAUGUUUUGAUGGGUUUUUAUUGUUUUUGCUCCCUGAAGUUAAUGUUUCCAUGUUUGUUUAUCAUCAAAUAAAAUGGUUUUACUUAACAGAGCCUGAGAACCUAGCAUUUAGUAACCUAAGAAACAUCAUCCUUGACCCCUUUCGAUAAAAAUAUCAGACUCUCAUACUCUAACAUAGACAUACAAAAGUCGUAGCUAAGGUCACUUGUGGAAUGUGGUCCUCGGUACAAAACAUGAAUGUGGACCAUUGUGAAAAUUAAAUAUUGUAUGUUAUCAUUGGCUAGAACAUUUGCACCAAGUAUAUAUAGAGUCACUGCCUGGUUGAUAUUGGAAGAUUCAGUCAGAGGUUCAUGCAAUGUGAUAUGCACUGUGAGAUUUGUGUUAGAUGUUACGUGGAUUUAGUCAAUUCCUCACUGCUUGAUUGAUCAAAGGGACCAGAUAAAAUUGUUUCAUUGGUACUGAGAAAAAUUUAAAUGAAAACAUUCCAUACCCAUCUGAUGUAAUUACACAUUUCAUUGUAAUGGAAAGUUGUUUCUGCUGAGAAAGGGAAAUGUAAUUACGAAUAUUCUGACUGCUAGGUCCAUAAAUUUACUCCACAAUCUAUAGGCCACCUGCUAGGUUAUUGUAUUGUUUGUUUGUUAUGCUUGAGAAUCUGAUUUAUUUACACCAUUUUGCCCAAUUUAAUACUGGGUUUGAUCAUCGUCAUUAAUGUAUGGCUGAAAAAUGGUGUUAUUAGGUCCCUUCCUUGAUGUAAGUAAUUUGUAAAGUGUUGGAAUGGUUAUGAAGCCUGUCUGUUCUAGAAAUGAUAUUUGAACAUGAACAAACUGACCACUCCUUCCUUCUGUUGUACAGAAUGAAGUUAUGAAUCUGUUUUUUUGUGUUUUUAAUCAGGAUUUGUUUGGAAGAUUUGAUAGUCUUGUUGUCGCACAUUAAAUCACAUUGUUCUCUAAUAAGGCUGAAGGUAGUAACAUGUCAUUUUGUUGUUCUGUGUUGUGUCCUACGUUAUUUCACCUGCUGCCUGUCCUGAUCUGGUUGAAUUGUUAAAGAAAUAGCUCAGUCAACAAACAUGUCAGCUUGUUCACUCAGGAUCAAAAGAGAAAAUAUUUCUGUUGUAAUUCCGGCCAAGUCCCCCCCCAUUUUUAUGUGCAUCGCGAGAGCGGCAACUGUGAAAACAUCAUAAGUACAUGACUAAGUGUAUUAGAUUAAUUAGUAAUUUGCAGUUGGUGGCUUACCAGUUGUGAUCAGAUUUGGUUAUGACACCACUUUCAUUUUGUUGAGGCAGGUCUAAUUUAGUUUCUUGUUUUAAGGAUUGUCUUGGUCAUAAUUACAAGAGACGAGGCAUUAUUGAGAAAUUAUCAAAUGCUGUCUAGGUUGAUUUGAGUUGGGAUAAUAAAAAGAACACUUGAAAUAUAGUUUCAAGCAAAACUGCAUCAAUUUAAAAAUUACAAAGCAAACUUAAAGUUAGAAGUUGUUUUGUUAUUAUUUUAGAAAGAUUUGAGU